CUUUACACCAACGCAUACACACAGGAGAAGCCUUAUAGCUGUGAUCAGUGUGGGAAGAGCUUUGCUCGAGAUUUCACUCUGACUACACACCAGCGAACACACAGAGGAGAUAAGCCUUAUAGCUGUGGUCAGUGUGGGAAGAGCUUUGCUCGAGAUUCCACCCUGACGACACACCAACGCAUCCACACAGGAGAGAAGCCUUAUAGCUGUGACCAGUGUGGGAAGAGCUUCAAUCAUUCAGGAUCCCUGAUUAUACACCAACGCAUACACACAGGAGAGAAGCCUUAUAGCUGUGAUCAGUGUGGGAAAAGCUUUAAUCAUUCAGGAUCCCUGACUGAACACCAACGCAUACACACAGGAGAGAAGCCUUAUAGCUGUGAUCGGUGUGGGAAGAGCUUCAAUCAUUCAGGAUCGCUGACUACACACAAACGCAUACACACAGGAGAGAAGCCUUAUAGCUGUCAUCAGUGUGGGAAGAGCUUCAAUCAAUCCGGAGACCUGACUACACACCAACGCCUACACACAGGAGAGAAGCCAUAUAGCUGUGAUCAGUGUGGGAAGAGCUUCAAUCAGUCAGGACACCUGAACACACACCAACGCAUACACACAGGAGAGAAGCCUUAUAGCUGUGAUCAGUGUGGGAAGAGCUUCAUUCAAUCAGUAGAGCUGACUAGACACCAGCGAAUACACACUGGAGAGAAAUCUUACUCCUGUCUUUGUGGAAAGUGGUUUGCUCAUUCAGUGUCACUGAUAAAACACCAGAAAGCUCAAACAUGUUUUCUUUCAUCUCCCUCCUCUCCGGCACCGGUUCCAGAUCCCUAAAUACAGUUUCAAUAGAAAACAUCUUGUGAAGAGUCAUCCAUCUCCCAUUCUCUAACAGUUUACUAAGUCUGAUUACCAUGGUAACCUGUGUAGCAUGAUAUGCAGCUCUGGAUCCAUAUUUACCAAGUGUCUUGAAGUAGGAGUCCUGUGUGUGUGGUGGCGUGUUCAGAGCUGUAUCUAUUUCAUUAACUCCUACUAUCCAUCAAAUAAUGUAGAAUAAUGUUUCAGAAAUGGUAGGUGCAUAUUCAUGUGUGAUGGAAAUGUUGUCUGAAGAGAGUCUUGAAUUGUACAUUAUGUCUCAUACAGUCAUUGGUUCCUGUAGGUGCUGGGUAGAGAUAUGAGGGGGAGACGGUCAUGACCCCCUCAGACCUUUUGGCAGAAUGCCCAUUAUAUGUUUUGCAAGUUAAGAUAGGAGACGGUUCCAGUCACAUGCAGGAUCCAAACGUUAAUGAUGAGUAAUGUAAACCAUGCAAAUAUAACUUGUCUGUGUUAGCAGUGUAUAAGAGAACUAACGGGACUGCCCCGAAAGAGCUCCCGACCGACGUGUACUAUGGUGCAUUAAGUUUGUUGGAAUCUCUCCAUCUUGCUGAUAAUAAAUAAUGAUUCAUUUCAGUUUAUUUGAGGCCCUGGUGGUAAUUUCCAUGACACGUAUUCAAUACAAAAACAAAUUAUGUGAAGGAGAUGUGUCGCUGCAUGAGGCACUGACUGAUACUGAGGCACUGACUGGCACUGAUACUGACUACCUUUUUUUUAGGGAUCUAUGACCAACAGAUGCAUAUCUGUAAUCCCAGUCAUGUGAAAUCCAUAGAUUAGGGUCUAAUUCAUUUAGAACAGUUUACUGAUUUGUUUAUAUGAACUGUAACUCAGUAAAAUCUAACAAAUUGUUGCA